AUGAGCGGAUGCGGCAACAGGGGAUGGAAAAUUUUCGGAAUAUUAGGACAGCACUCAACAUUAAUUUUAAUUUUGUUUUCCUUACAAACAUGGCAUUUGGUCCUCCUCUGUCAGCCUCAGCAGCACCUGUUCGUGUUCUGUUUAGAAUGCAUAGUUAUGUUCUUGCUCUCGUCUUCGCCUAUCUCUAUCAUCUCUGGUGUACUGAGUCUGAGAUGUUCGUCCUACUUGUUUUUGUUUCGUCAGUGGUAGAGAGUGACCACCAGAGACGCAUGACAAUGAUGAUGCUUUUGUUUGUAUGAAUGUAAAUGUUUUUGUUGUUACCACUCCACCAUGUAGUGCCUGAGGUAACAUGACAUGACAUUAUAUGAAUGAAGUGUAAAUGUUUUGGAUUUGGUUAUAUAUACUUCUUGCUAGUCUAUCAUUCGAUCCCCUUGCUCUUCUUCUUCUGAGAAGGUAUAAGUCGGCUGAAAGGCGUCAAUAACGUUAGUCAAGACGCAAAACGAGGCAUGACGACGUGACAUGGCUCUAAUAAGCAUGCGCCCCUGUACAGAGAAGCGACUGAGAGGAUCAGUCGGGAGAUCCGCGAAGCACGUGCGCGAGCUAACGCACAAUCAACCACACUCGUUUCCUCGGCUCUUUCGACAGCAAGUGGAAGUUUAUGAUCUUGACUUAAAUGAUUAAAGAUGAUCGUGGAAGCUUAUGAUCGAUUAAAGAGAAUCGAUCGUAGUAGUAUAAUUCGUGUCAGUAUCUAUGCAGGUAGUAGUCUGAUGAAGAUGGCCGCUAAGUGCACUUGCGUGGGCGGGAAGAAAUAUCAUAAGUACAGAUAUCUCUAUGCACGUAUCUCUCUUGUAGCGAUGACUUGUUCAGCAACAAGUCUCUUUGGUUCUUCGAAGAAUGAUCUACCUCAAUUUCAGUCUCUCGUUGUCGUCCUCUCUUCUUGUAGUCCUCGUCAGAUCCACCUCACCUUCAUUUUUACCUACUGGUACCGCAGCAUCCUACCUUGGCAACGCCGUUGGUCAGGCAUUCGGCGGGGUCGGUGCCGUUGGCCAGGCCCUGAGCUCUGGCUGGGCUGAUCCGCGAAGUUUCACUGCCCAACUGACCUCGUCUGCGGCAGUUCAAAAGCUAGUGGCAAAUGCUAGAGAUCGAAAAUGCGCACCGCCAUCAAUGCCCGCGCCGUUCUCCUGA